CGGCAACCAAAUGGAACUCGACCAAGAGAGGGUCUCCUGCCCGCAGCAGUUGGUUCCUGACGGAUACACGCUGCGCGACAAGCUCAGCAUCGAGAGACAGAAGCCACGAAAGUAUCGGUUAGUGCUGCACUCAAGGUCGCGAGCCAACAAUACUGAGUUGAAAUGGCGGAGCCGCUGGAUCACGUCUGGGAAGCCACGCGGCCGCGACGCCGUCGCGGAGGGAAUCAUCAUAGACGAGGUGACUGCUGCUGACUGGGAUGCCGUUCAACUCAAGAACUCAGCGUACGCCCCGGUGCAGAGAGCACCACCGCGGGAUUCAACCGCACCCGCAGUUCGAGCCGCAGCGCCAGCCGUUGGUUCACUACAAGAAAUCGGUCUCGCAGGCGCGCAAAGAUCGCGAGAUCCAAAUUGGGGUGGAUAACGGGACUACAGUGGGCGGCCCUUUGGAAAGUUGGGGAGGGCGGCCCGGCGGAUGCGUGCGUUGACACUUCGGCAGAAACUAGAGGAGGCCGUUCCUGGGGCAUUCAACCUCUCUGCAAGCAGUCUGGAAGAAGUCGUGCGGACGUGGAUAGAGUUGAACCCGAGUGGGCCGAAGAGGCGAAGACGAGAUACCUGAACAAGGGCACCUACCGCACAUCUCAAGCUGCAAAGAAGAUUAGGCGUGCGAAAGGGGCGGAGAUGAAAGCUCGACUGCUGGCGGCAGCGGCGGACGAGUUUCACGCUGAGAGCAUUGAGCUCCUCGACGGCGUUGUGAGUGAUGUGGCGAAGACGAUCAGCGCAGCCGCGGAGAUGAACGACGUGAGGGCAGAUACAAGUACGGAAGACAGCUGUUUGUCCAACUUUCAGCUGGCGCACACGGUGCAAGUGGCCAUGACAUUGAUCCAGUUGUACACCCAGCAGGCCGACGGCUUCGACCGGAAGGAUGCACUGGCCAUCGCAGCAGAGGUUGGACGGAGAACCGUUCAAACAGUACAGCAGUGGGAGCGGGAUUUCAUCGCCCACGGACGCAUAAAAAAACCUGACACAGGUCGCUUCAAGCGCAGGUUUUUGCUGGAGCUCGACGAAGGCGUCUUCAAGCUCGCGAAAGGCUGGGUGCUCGAGAACUGCGGGAUACUCAGUGGGCAAGCCAAUAAAACGGCGGAGGAUUUCCGCAAGUGGGUGAACAGCACCAUCAUGCCGAUGCUGGAGGAGCAGGAAAAGGACGGCAUCAACGCUUUCCAUGGAUUGAGAGUAAAGCUGGUGGAAGUGAAGGAGAACGAGCCGCCAAAGCGCCAAAUCUCCCUUUCUACGGCAACGGAGUGGCUGAAGAAGAUGGGAUGCGAAUACCACGACGGCAAAAAGGGGCUGUACUUCGAUGGCCACGACGACAAGAAGACCCUUGAAUACCGGCACGACGAGUUCCUCCCGGCGCUGUUCGACACCCGCGACUACAUGGAGGUAUGGAUUCCGAUGGGCAAGGAUGAAGCGAUCGUCUGGGGUGUUGACGUCGAGACGGUGGAGGAGACCGAGCGCUUGCCGGAUGGUGGUGUCUGGGUUUGUGUCGAUGAUCUCGAGUCUGCGCUGGCAGACUUGCCCGAAGACCUGCAAGCCAGAGUGCAGAGCAAGAAAACCUACCCUGACGGGAGGCGGGCCAUGCUUCUCUACCAGGACGAGAGCAUAUUUCGAGGCCAAGGGAUCAUGGUGUCGCGGGCGAUAAUCCACAACGUUGGCUUCUUCUCGGCGUCGCGGGCACAGAUCCAGGACGCGGAGCGCAACCGCAGGAAACGAUGCGCCGCCUCAGCUGCCGCGAAGCGACGGGGGGAAAACGUGAAGGUGGAGAAGUUCCGCCCCAUCGACAUGCUUCAUGAAGACGAGCAUGGACAGUACUGGUCCUACCACCUCUUCGAGUACGACAAGGACAAGGAGGGAUACUGGACCAGGCUCAGGAUGCUGGACCACAUGUCAGACGUGCUCGACAUGUUCACAUUUCUCUACCCUGAGCACAAGCCUGUAGGCCUGUUCGACUGGUGGUCCUGUCAUGACUGCAUGGAGGUCGGCGCACCGUCGGUGAAGAGAAUGAACUUGGGUGUCGGUGGUGUGAGGAACGGAGAAGAGCUUGCGCCGAUGGACCCCGUGACCAUCCUCGAAGAUACCCCGAACCUCCCAGCCGGCACGGUACAGCACUUGGUGUUUCGGAGGGGGGACGAUCCCCCCUUCCACUCCCCGCAUCUCAAGCCGGCGCAAUAUGUCGGAAAGUUGAAAGGAAUGCGGCAGAUUUUGUGGGAGAGGGGGCUCCUGGUCAAAGGCAUGAGUAAGACGGGGGGCUCGGGCGAAAAGCAGGACCUCAGCAAGAGCAUGGAGCACGUUUUGGGAGAGCAGAAGGACUUCAAGGAAGUUGAUUCUAGUCUGGUGCUGUUGAUGCAGCGCCACGCGGGAGCCUGUCUCAUGCUUCCUAAGUACCACUGCGAGUGUAACCCCAUCGAGCUUGUUUGGGGCCGAGUGAAGGACUGGACUCGAAAGGACUGCUAAUAUUCGUUGGAAUGCUUGCCCAAGAACGUGCCGCUGAGUAUUAGACCAGAGAAGGAUAGACAGGCUGUUUCGGUAGUCCAGGGCUACUGCAAGAAGGCGUACACACACGCCCUCAUGUACCGCGAGACGCGUGUGCAAGGGCCUGAGGGCAAGAAGACGUACAAGAAGUACAAGUCGCACAGGCGCCCGACCCCGAAGGAAUGGAGGCCGUAGAGUCGAUGGCGCAUUCUUGUUCAUUGAGCUGUAUUUGUUCAGUUUUUUUCCGUGUUUCUGGUGGGAAUGUUGUACAAAAAUGGAACAUUUUUGUUGAAAACGGCCAAUUUUUGUGAUGUAUGUACGCUAUAGGUGCGGUAGAGGCAUUUGCAUAGUGUUUGAGGGCGUUCCUGUGCACGUGUGGGUGGUUUGGUGCGAAAAAAAAAAAAGGAUUAGCAACAUAUAUGGGGGAAAAGUUGCUCUAGGGCCAAUUUCGUGGGUUCGAGACCCGCCGCGAGCAUCUUUUUUUCUUUUUUUUU